AUGAAUUCCCACAAGCAGAAGCAGCCCUUUACCUCACCCCGUCAGCUUCAACAGCAGCAGGUGAAACAACACAGCCAGCCUCCCCCUCAGGAACCAUUUGUUCCCAUAACCAAGGAGCCAUGCUGCACCAAGGUCCCUGAGCCAGGCUGCACCAAGGUCCCUGAGCCAGGCUGCGCCAAGGUCCUUGAGCCAAUCUACACCAAGUUUCCAGAGCCACAUCCUUCAACAGUCACUUCAGGCCCAGCUCAGCAGAAGUCCAAGCAGAAGUAA